AUGUCUCAUCUACAAGCAUCAAAUCUCUUCUCGGUCAAGGACCGGGUUGUCGUGAUCACCGGAGGCGGCAGUGGCCUCGGUCGCAUCAUGACAAAGGCCCUCGAUGCCAAUGAAGUCUCCAAGAUCUUCAUCCUCGGCCGGCGCGAAGACGCCCUCCAAGAAACGAUCUCACAAACCAUCAACGGCACCGUAAUCCCAAUCAAAUGCGACAUCACAUCCAAAGUCUCCCUCGAGGAAGCCUACAAGGCCGUUGCAGCGCAAACCACCCACGUCGAUCUCCUAAUCGCAAACAGCGGCAUCAUGGGUCCCCUAAUGAGACCCCCACAGCCCGCAGCAGACGGCUCACUCCCACCUCUCUCCCAGGUCCGCGAUGAACUCUUCAACGUUCCAAUGGAUGAAUUCAAUAAAGUGUUGAACGUGAAUGUGACGGGCUCGUACUAUACCGUGCUAGCAUUCCUGCCCCUCCUCGAAGCAGCCAACAAGCGACGACCUGCCCCGCAGCCUGGCGUUGUGGGAGCGCCGACUGCCCAGGUGAUCAUCACCAGCUCGAUUGCGGGCUAUGCCCGCAAGGUACCAUUCAGCUUUGCCUACAAUGCGUCUAAGUCUGCGACGACCCAGUUGGUGAAGAUGCUUUCGACUUCGUUUGCAUAUUACAACAUUCGGGUGAAUGGUAUCUCGCCGGGUCUUUAUUACUCUGAUAUGGCAAAUCAUGUUUUCCAGACUGCCGGUAUCACUGGUCAGGCUAUUGAGGAUGGCUCGUUCCCGCGUGAGAUGAUUCCUGCUACGAGAGGUGGGAGUGAGGAGGAUAUGGCUGGUUUGAUUGUGUGGUUGGCCAGUAACUCUGGUGGUUAUAUCAAUGGUAAUAUCUUGGUUACUGAUGGUGGCCGGAUUUCGGUUGUGCCGGCUUCUUACUGA